GAAGAUCCUGCCUUGAUUCGUUGGACCUAUGCAAGAUCAGCAAACAUCUAUCCGAAUUUCAGACCCACUCCCAAGAACUCACUCCUGGGGGUUUUGUUUGGAAUUGGACCCCUUGUCUUUUUGUAUUAUGUUUUCAAAACUGAUAGGGAGAGAAAGGAAAAACUUAUCCAGGAAGGAAAAUUGGACCGAACACUUUCUAUCUCAUAUUAAGUCUGGCAAGGAUGACUGUGUUCUUGCCUGAAUAAAUCUUCUAUUAAUCACUAAAAGUUUCUCUUACUUUCAUUACUUUAAUUCAGCGUUAAAACUUACCAGUACCCUAACAACAGAGGUGCAGAAGUGGCCUGUAUUUGGAAUCACUACCAUCAGAAUAAUGGUCAACAUUUGCUGGAUAUUGUUGAGUCCCUUUUUUCUAAGAGCUCACAGUUUAAUGAAAAAAAAAAUUGUUUAUUCAUUAAAUCAGUC